AUGGCUGCUCCUUCCUUCAACUUUCCCGUUCUGACGGACACCCGUCCUGAUGACCACUCUCUCCCUGCCUUCAUGGUCUCCACCACACGAGGCUUCCUGCCCCGUCAAGAGCCUCUCGUUCAACUCCCACCCGAGUUCUCCACCGUCGACUCCUUGCUCCAACGCAUGCCCGUCAAGACAUUGUCCGGGGAACCAGGCCUCCUGGCCAACUUUACUUUCGGUGACACCGUCGACAAGGAGCUGCCUGACCUCACAGCUGAGGUAGAGCAGUACCGUGACGACCUCGUCGUCAUGAACGCCCUUUAUCGCGACUACUCUUUCUUGGCUUCUGCGUAUCUUCUGGAGCCGUGCCAUGAGAGGUAUCUCAAAGGUGAGCCGUAUGGAUUGGGAAGGCAAAGGCUGCCGAAGAGUAUUGCGUUGCCGAUUGUUAAGAUUGCUGAGAUUGUCGGCUUCAAGCCCUUCAUGGAGUAUGCUGGCUCCUACGCACUCUUCAAUUACCGCCUGGAAGAUGCGGAGAAGGGCCUUGAGUACGAAAAUCUCCGGCUGAUCCGCGCCUUCGAGCACGGUCUUGAUCCUUCAUCGUCCGAGGCUGGCUUCGUGCUCGUGCAUAUUGCCAUGGUCAAGGAGUCAGGUGCGCUCGUGAAGGGUACUGUCGAGAUGCUCAAGGGAUGCACUGCGGGCGAUCGCGAGAGGUUUGAUGGAGGAUUACGAACAUUGGUGGAGGGACUGCGGAAGGUCAAUGCUGUAAUGAACACAAUGUGGAACCGCAGCAAGCCGCAGAGCUACACAACCUUCCGUACGUUCAUCUUUGGGAUCACAUCGCAAUCCAUGUUCCCCGAUGGUGUGGUCUACGAAGGUGUAAGCGAAGAGCCGAUGUCCUUCCGAGGUGAAUCGGGAGCGAACGACAGCAUGGUCCCUCUCUGCGACAACCUGUUGCAGAUCCAAAUGCCCGAGACGCCACUCACUGAGAUCCUCAAGGACUUCCGCCAAUACCGGCCUGGAAAUCACCGUGAAUUUCUCGAAUCGGUGCGCGAUUGCGCUGAAUCUUCUGGUGUAAAAGCCUUCGCACUCGGGGAUUCAGUGUCCGCGGCGUUGUAUCUGCAGGCGCUGGAUCAAGUGCGUGAUUUCCGCUGGCGGCAUUGGUGCUUUACGAGGGAGUAUAUACUGAAGCGGACUAUGCACCCCACUGCGACUGGAGGAAGUCCAAUUGUUACGUGGCUGCCGAACCAACUGCAAGCCGUUAUGGCGCAGAUGAUGGAGACGUAUAGUUACUGUAAGUCAGUUCAUGGGGUGAGCGAUAUCAUGGACACGGUGAAUCACCAGCGGGAGACGCUGAAGAAGGAGGUGGCGAAGUACUGUGGGGAGCGCGAGCUAAAUAGCCCUCCGCACCCACCACCACCACCGCUCCCGCCAGAGCCCUCCACCGCAAUUCACACACGUACAAGUCUCAAUGCAAGCUGCAAGUCAUCUCAUGGAACAUUCACAUCCGACCACCACUCGACUGCGGCCCCGGAUAUUAAUACGGCAGCGGAUACGGCACACAACCACUUGUACCUGAGCAACUCGCUACCCGCAACCAUGACCUCACGACACGUUAAACCGAACCCCGUUGAGCGGCGGAAAGGGGAGUCUGCCCUCAGCGACUUCGCCGACUACGUCCAGAAGCAGCAAGCACUGCGCCGACCGGCCGGCCAGGCACCCGCCCUCCCCGAGGAGCACGACGAGCUCAGCAUCCUAGACGAGCUCGGCCUAUCCGAUGACGCCUCGCUGCACAUCCGCCUGAAGACGCUGCUUCUCGAUCCCGCCGAAGAGAAUGUCGCAGCGCUCGCAGAGCAUAUCCGCGCUCGCCUGGCAGAGGGCCAUGGCGAAGCGCUGUUCGACUUGGGUCUGGAGGACAGCGGCGACCCCAUGGGCUUCUCGAAAGAGGACUGGGACUUUGCGCUGGCGAGGAUAGGGACCGUGUGCGAGCAGAUUAAGGCAGACUACAACGUGCUGAUGACGCGGAAUGUGGGAGGUGACGCUGAAGUAGGGCCGCUGAACGGGAAUAAGACGGCGGUGAGUGGGAAGCUGCUAUUGAGGCACCGGCCGCAGAGUGUGGACGACGUCAUCGAGACGAGGAUAGCUGUCGUUGGGAAUGUCGAUGCGGGGAAGAGCACUAUGCUCGGCGUUCUAGUGAAAGGCGGGCUUGACGAUGGGCGCGGGAAAGCGCGAGUUAACCUGUUCCGGCACAAGCACGAGAUUGAGAGCGGCCGAACCAGCUCAGUCGGCAUGGAGAUCAUGGGCUUCGACAGCAAAGGCGAGGUCGUCGUCUCGAACGUUGCUGGGCGCAAGCUGACAUGGGAGGAGAUUGGCCGGCGAUCCGCUAAAGUCAUCGGUUUCACGGAUCUCGCAGGCCACGAGAAAUACCUGCGGACUACUGUCUUCGGUCUCUUGUCAAGUGAGCCUAAUUACUGUCUAUUGAUGGUCGCGGCCAACAAUGGCUUGAUCGGCAUGAGCAAAGAGCAUCUCGGCAUUGCCCUCGCUCUCAAUGUCCCGGUUAUGGUGGUCAUCACCAAAAUCGAUAUUUGCCCACCUCAGAUUCUGGAGCAGACUAUUACGCAACUGACCAAAAUUCUGAAAUCUCCCGGCGCUCGGAAAAUCCCCAUCUUCAUCAAAGAUAGGCAGGAAUGCAUCAACACUGCUACGCAGUUUGUCUCUCGCCGCAUCUGCCCCAUCUUCCAGGUCUCCAACGUCACGGGCCACAAUCUUGACCUCGUCCGCACCUUCCUGAAUAUCCUCCCACACCAUGGCAACUACAACAGCUCCGCGCCUCUCGAGUUUCAUGUCAAUGACACCUUCUCUGUCCCGUUCGUUGGAACCGUAGUCUCUGGUGUGGUCAAGUCCGGCGUGAUCCAUGCCGGCGACACGAUUCUCAUCGGGCCCGAUGGUCUUGGCCAGUUCACAACAACGAAAGUGAGAUCCAUCGAACGCAAACGUAUUCAGGUCCCUGGCUGUUCGGCAGGUCAGUCCGCUAGCUUGGCGCUACGUAACGUCCGGCGGAAAGACGUGCGAAAAGGAAUGGUGGUUCUACACAAACCAGACAAACCUGACCCAGCAACCGGCCUGAUUCGGCAGCCGAAGGUCUACCGCGAGUUCGUUGCCGAAGUUCUGAUUCUGUCACAUGCAACCACUAUCAAAACGAAGUAUCAGGCGAUGCUGCACGUCGGGCCGGUGUCUCAGACUUGCGCAAUCAUCGACAUUGAUCGCCAAUACAUUCGAACAGGAGAUAGGGCGCAGGUUGCUUUCCGGUUUGUGCAGCGGCCUGAAUAUCUGACUGUUGGUGAUCGGAUAUUGUUCCGUGAGGGUAGGACGAAAGGACUGGGGAUCGUGAAAAGGGUCGGCUAUGAUCCGAAGCAUCCGCUAAAUCCAGAGGCACAGAAAGAGGCUCAGGAGGGGGCGGGAGCUGAAGGAACGUGA